AUGGCACCACACGGACAUUGCGGUGAUGGACCAUGCAGAUGUGGCCCAGGACACAAUGGAGGACAUGGACAUCACCACGGUCCUGGACACCAUGGACCUGGACACCAUGGUCCUGAACACCAUGGACCAGGCCACCACGGACCAGGACACCAUGGUCCCGGACACCAUGGUCCUGCACAUCACGGUCCUGGUCACCACGGCCCAGGACAUCAUGGCCCAGUCGAUGGUCAUCACCACCAUCAUCAUGGGCCUCCACACCAUCAUCAUGGGCCACCACCCCACCACCAUGGACCCCCUCAUCACGACCAUCAUCACGGUCCUCCACACCACGGAGGCUCAGGAAUACUUGUACUCACUCCAGGUCAUCGAUGUUAA